AUGAUCAGCUUCACCAGCACUCUCACCGCCGCAGCCGCCGUCUUCUCCAUAACCAGCGCCUACGACAUCCCAGACAAUCUCCAAAGAAUCUACGAUGCGCACAAGUCAGGAACAUGCACGAACAAGCUCCUGGGCGGCUUCGCGCCGGGCGUAGACAGCUCGGACAGCAGCUUCGCGUACUGCGCCGACAUCUCGGCCAACACCAUCUACCUGCACUCGGACGCCAACGGCGGGCAGUACGCCGACAUGGAUGUCGACUGCGACGGCGCGAACCUGGGCGCGGGCGACUGCGCCAACGACCCGACGGGGCAGUCGCAGACGGCCUUCCAGUGGAUCGUCGCCGACAAGUACGGCAUCGACGACCUCGACGCCAACGUGCACUCCUACGUCGUCUUCGGCAACGACGACCCGGCCUUCGAUCCGCAGCAGCACGGCAUGGAGCCCUUGAGCGUCAUGGCUGUUGUUUGUGGUGGACAGUUGCACUACGGCGUCUGGGGCGACACCAACGGCGCCAACACGGUCGGCGAGACCUCGCUCGCGCUAGCCCAGCUCUGCUUCCCCGACGAGGGCCUCAACGGCGACAACGGCCACGGCGACUACGACGUCCUGUACAUCGGCUUCACCGGCACCGGCACCGUGCCCGACGACGCCAAGUGGAGCACUUCGAGCCGUGAGGAGUUCGAAGAUAGCAUCCGCGGCCUGGGUGACUCGCUCGUUGCCGAUCUGUCGGCUUGA